AUGAGUGGGAUUUGCCUUCCUGUCUGCAUCUCUGGGGGAUUUGGUGGUGGGGGGGAGUUGGUGGAGGAAGAAGGGGAUGGGAUUGUUGUGGGGGAUGGUCUAAAUGAGGGUGAUGGGAUGAAGAAAAGAGAGGAGGAGGGUGAGGAGGGGAGUGAAGUGGAAAAUGGUGAGGAGGGUGAGGAGGGUGAGGAGGGUGAGGAGGGGAGUGAAGGGGAGAAUGGUGAGGAGGGUGAGGGGGGGAGUGAGGGGAAGAAUGUGGAGGAGAGUGAGGAGGAGGAGAGUGAAGGGGAGAGUGAGGAGGAGGAGGAGGAGGGGGAGGAGGAGGAGGAGGAGGAGGAGGAGGAGGAGGAGGAGGAGGAGGAGGAGGAGGAGGAGGAGUCAGUUGAGUGUGAGUCGAUCAAAAUGGACGUGAGGUAUGAGAAAGGGAGAGGUAGGGAGGGGACUGUGGUGGUGGGGAAAGGAGGAGAGAUUGAAGAGGGGUUGCUACCACAAGGGGGUGGAGAGAAGCAGCUGGGCAAUGGGGUGACUUUUGAGUCGACUCAAAAGUCGCCGGGGAAAGGAGGAGAUGUGGAAGAGGGGUUGGUACUACAAGGGGGUGGAGAGAUGCAGCUGGGCAAUGGGUCGUGGCAGCAGGGGGAUGGGGGAAAGAAGCAGGUCUCUGGGUCAGAUGUUGAUGUGCUGCUGGAGUUAGCAGAUGAGGUUGAGCACGGUGAAAGAGACGUUGGAGAGGGGUUGCUACAGGCGGAUGAAGGGAAGCAGGGCAAUGGGUCAGCAUGGCAUGCAGAGGGGUUGCAGCAAUGCAGUGAUGGUCUUAAGAUGGCUGACGGGUCGUGUGAGACUGGUGAGAUGAAAGGGGAUGACGCGUUGUGCAAGGCUGAUGCUGCUGCUGGGUGUAAGGUGGGUGAUGGGCCGUGUGAGGCUGAUGGGUUAGAGGGGUGCGGAAUUGAUGCUGGGUGUAAGGUGGGUAACGAAUGGAGUGAGACUGGCGGCUUGCAGACAGGUGACGGGUCUUGUGCGGCGGAGGAAGGGUGUAAGACGGGAGAAGAGCGGAGGGAGAAGGGCCGGGGGUGGAUGAGGUGGAAGAUUCUGGCUGCCGUGGGUGCUGCUGCUGUGCUUAUAGGCGGGGCUGCUGAGGAAGAGGAGGAAGAGGAGGACGAGGAGGAAGAGGAGGAAGAGGAGGAAGAGGAGGAAGAGGAGGAAGAGCCUAUGUCCAUGUUCAUUACUCGUUUCGAGGCAGAGGACGAGGAAGAGGCAGCAGCAGCAGCAGCAGCAGCAGCAGCAGCAGCAGUGGAGGAGCGAUUCCUGUCCAGCCUGACCCUGCCUCCCUGUGACUAUGGCGAAUAUGGCUAUUAUGGGGGAUAUGGCUAUAAUGGGGGAUAUGGCAAUAUUGGCGAGUAUGGGUAUCAUGGGGGUCAUCGAAGUAUUGCUGGUGACUAUAGCGAGGGAGGUGAAGAGAGGUGGAGAGGGGGAGAUGGGAUGACACUCAGAGAGGGGGACAGAGGAGGGAUUGGGGAGACACUGAGUGUGAGGGAGGGCGGAGGGAUAGAGGAGGAAGAGGGGAAAGGAGGGGAAUGGGCAGGGAGUGGGGGAAGAGGAGAAAGAGGAGGGGGUUUACGGUGUGGAGUGGUGGUGAGGGAUGCGGAGGCUUAUGCGUGUGAUGAUGGUACAGCGGUGUGUGCAAGGGAGUGGGUGGGGGAAGAGUGGGAAGGGAGGGAGUGGAAUGGGGCUGAUUGCGGUGCAAAGGAGUGGGAUGGUGCUGGGAGGAGUGGGAGGGAGUUGUGUGGGGAGGAUACUGGUCUGUCACUAGGGAGCAGCACUGAUAAUGACAAGCCUUGCUGUCCCCUUGACUACUGUAGCCCACUACAUUAUGCUGAUGAUGGUGCUGCUGCUGGUGCUGCUGGUGCUGAUGGGGAUGAUGGUGAUAGUGAUGAUGAUGGCCAGGAAACCUACAAAGGUGACCAGAGGCAGGGAUAUGGUGAUGAUGAAGCGGGUCCCACAACGGCACCUUACAGGCGCACUGGCAGCAUGGCAGCAUCGACGGUGUUUGACAGCAUUCUCCAUCGAGGGGCCAUGGCAGCAUCGCAAUUCCCGGAACACAAGUCAAGGGGUACUCAUUCUCCCACUGUCCCAGCUCCUGCCUCCAGCCACUCUCCCCUUGUGCUCUACCCCAAGCCGUUCCUUAGUGAUGAGGCCAAUGACCAUGACGCCAGUAUUGAAGCAGCUUGUAUCGAGGACAAACUGGCUGCCCUGAAUCAAAGGCAGGACGAGCCGUGGAGCCUGGGUCGGGUUUUUUCACGGGCAGCUGACUGGUGGCUGCGGGCAGGAGGAGAGGAAUCACGGGCAGAUGAAGCUGAUGGGGAGAUGGGGAGGGUGAGGUAUGGAGGGAGGUUGAUAGGGAAGGAGAAUGCUUCUAGAGGGUAUUGUGAGAGAGGAGUGAUCAUAAAGGGGGUGGGUCCGGGGGUUGAGAUGUUUCAGAACGUGAUAAUAGAGGGAGGUGGUUUGGAGAGAGAGGGUGGGAGUGGGAUGGAAGGUGGGCCGACGUGGAUUGGGAAGAAGGGGAAGAACAGGGAGAGCAGGAGGAGCAAUGGGAGAUUGCGAAUGGGAAUUGUGGAGGGGAGUGAGGCAGGGAGUAAGGAGGAGGUAUGGGUGGGUGCAGAGGAAGGGAGAAGGGAGGAGUGUGAGGAGCAGCAAGGGGCAUUUCCUGCCUUGGCAAAGCUGAAUGGCACAGGGCGGUGA